CAGUAUAUAUCCUUCCAAAAUGAGCAGGGACGUUCCCAUCCACAGUUGGCCCGGCUCUUAUUACAUCAACAGUUGAAAAGAUGGGGAAAGUGGCACCUUAUCACUCACCAGGACCAUGGUGCGAUUUGUCUCUAACCAGAGCAAGGAGAGUAUUGCCAGUUUUCGCAUCUCUCGAAUCAUGGAAAUCAAGAUGGAGUCAUCCAGCUUUAUUUUCAGUACCCUCACAGUGCUUGAGGAGGGCAAUGUGAAGCAUUGGUUUGGCUCUCUGAAGCCCAACAGAGUGGUGGUUUAUAAUGUACUAGAGCAUUUCUGGAGAGAACGCCUCCUGUCCCCCAGCACAGAAGCCCGUGGUGCUGAGAGUCAGCCGUCUAAAGGCAGAGAGCUGAUAAACUUGGUGGCAGGGGCUCAGAGGAGACUGGAGGACACCGGGAGAGUGCUCAGCCAUCAGGGAGAGCAGUUUGAUAAUAUGAUGCAGGGAUUGGAGAAGAUUGACUCUGACCUGGGCGUGGCUGAUAAGCUUCUGUCAGAACUGGAGUCUCCUUCUUGGUGGCCCUUUGGUAAACUACCCUGGAAGAUUCAGCAGGAAGCCAAGGCUGAGGAUGCUCAAGAGCUGCUGCAGCUGCAGUUGGUCGAGGGCUCUGGGAGGAACAAGGUGAUCACUAGCAUCCCAGCAGUGGUGUCCAAAGGUGCAGACUCAGACUUGAAGCCCGGAUGCUUAUUAGUCCUGGUGUCUUCGCUUGAAGUGCGAGACACAAACUGCCAACUUCUUCACCGAUUUGAACGGAAUGAAAUUGAUGAAAUCAGAGUACACAGUCCCUAUGAGAUCACUGUUAGACAGCGGUUUAUUGGGAAACCGGAUAUAUGCUAUCGGCUCCUGUCUGCCAAGAUGCCAGAGGCAAUGUCAGUGUUAGAGAUGCAGUACAAAAAGAAGGUGGAGUUUACUAGUGAAUUCACUGCCUUCAGAACAACUCCAGCUUCAUCUCCAUGUGACGCAGAAGGGACAAGCUGGACUCAAGGUUUGCAGCAGAAGUGCCAAGAGACAGAACUCCCACUGGAGGUCUCAGCAGGAGAGGUGUCCCAGCUGCAGGUGCAUGUCCUCCAGCCAUCUGUCAGUCAGGCUGAGGCCCAGGAACUCAAGCAGAUGCUGAUGCAGCUGAAGAACCUGGCUUUGGAGGCGGAGACAGAACUGGAACGGCAGGAUGAAGUUCUGGAUGUCCUGACUAGCUCGACUGACCGAGCAACCAUGCACAUAGAAAAGCACACCUGCCGCAUGAAACGACUGCUGUAGCUCUGAAAUACACUCCCCAUGACCCCUCUGAAAAAUGCACUGUAAGAGUUUUUCCCCUCUCCUUACAAGAAUCAGACAGUAGAAGAACACUAGGAUACAGCUGUAGAAUCGUUUGUUGUACGGUUUAAAUGCUUCAAGGCGAAAUGUGUAGCAAUGUUAAGGAAAGUCCAAGUCUAAUUGAUUUUUUUUUUACCUCCAGAACUUAAAUGGAUUUUCACAUAGCUUAAAAAAUUACCACCUUCACACAUCUUUUUGGUUGCCUAUGUCUGUGAUAUCAGCCUGUAGACACGAUGGUUUUUCGGACAAAAUCUUGAGUGCCUCAGUGCCUCUUCCCUGCUCCUCUACAGCAGUCACAACUUAUAACACUUCACUAGCUACUGUCAGCUUAGAAGUGGAGUCUGCUAAAGUAAGCAAACCAUCGGCUCCCAGCGUAACACAGAAUUUGUCACAAACUCCACAGAAGCUCAAGAAUAGACACUUGAGUCUACUGGCUGCAGUUUUCUGAACGUUACACACUGUACUUUUUAAUAGGACUUGUGUCUAAUUUGCUGGUUUACUGACAUGAUACGACACUAAGUGAUUUCUGGGAAGUCCAGUAAGUAUGAUCAUGGUGGUAAAAGUGAUGUCGCAUUUAACACAUAUUUUACUGUCACUUUCCUGAAAGAGACAAGUCAGUGCCUACAAAUGUAUGUGAUAUGUUUUUUUAGAAAACUGUUAGACUGUUAGUGGGAUAAUGAGUCAGUAGUCUGCCCUCUGUGCAUUCAGGGUUAGUAUUUGGCUACAUGGGCUUCGUAUGGCUUCCCAUUUAAGUAGCACAAACUUUGUAAAGUCCUGUUUGCACAGGAUUAGUAUAACCUGUGGGCUCCUGGUGAUUUGGAAAUGAAAUCCCCCACAUCACUGUUUCAUGUGGCACAUUUGCAUCGGAUAAGCAAAUUCCGUUUUUUGCUCAAAUUUUCUGACAUUAUUCCCAAGUUCAGAUGUGAAGGACAGGUUCAGGUGUUUAAAGAUUGAAAAAAAACUUCCCUCCUUUUUAUGUCAUCCAUCUCAUCAUCUUUUGAGAUGUCAGUCAUCACCAGUGCAGCCUCCAUCAGCCUCAACCCUGAAAAAGGCCAAAGAAAUGCAGAGGAAACAAAAAUAUUGAAAAUUCCACCAAAUCUCAUAGAGUCACACUGGUCUAAUAUUACCACAGGACCACUGAGUUCACUGAAAUACAGUAUGUAAUUUACAGUGGAAUUCUAUGAUUUACAGAUGUUUCAGAUUUGCAUUAAGAUCAUAGAUGACCUCUGUUAUCAUACAUUACAUGAUGCUCACAGGCAGUAACCGGUCCCACGCAAAUAGAACUAAAGUCACUAUUAUGAGUGAUCAUAUUGAACUGAUAUGCUAAAUCACAGCUAAACUUGCAUAUUUUAUUUUAGAAUUUAAAAAUGCAUUAUUAUUAUUAUUAUUAUUAUUAUUAUUAUUAUUAUUAUUAUUAUUAUUAUUAUUAUUAUGACAUAGGGAAAAGGGAGUAGUUUUUAGCACCUGAAUACCGUAAAGUCUGAGAUUCAAUGCAUUGUAGUUGGACUGAAGGAAGUGACGUCACAUUUUUGGCAAUGUGCAACAUACCGUUCAGACAUACAAACUUAAGAAAGUAAGGAUGGACAGAACAACCCUCAGUGUACAUUAUUCCGUCCAAAUGAGAAUAAACAGUUAGUAAAGGGUCUGAUGAUGCAAGAGAAAAACUACAGUCUGCCCUUUUCCAUCAUCGAUAAUGACUACAGCAAAAGAAAGGACAAUCAAGGAAAGUUACAUUUAUUCUUUGCAAAAACAAGCUGCAUGUUGUUAAAAGAGAGUUAAAAAAAUAUCCAUUAGAAUUAUUUUUAGAAUGAUAGAUGAAGGUUUCAGUCGCACUGUCACAGUGAAAUCAAUCUUCCUAAAAGUUUCUAUAACCAUCUCUGUCCUGAAGCCUGUCUCCUGGUUCUCACUCAGAUUUUUUGGACAUAGUUUCUCCGUGGUUUACUGUUGCAUGUCUCCAUAUUACUACUGUGUACAGAACUGGAUAUAUCCCAUCAUUAGCUGUAUUUAUCAAAACACUGUAAGUCCUGGGACUCAAACGGAACAGAAAGCAUUCGCUCUCUCUGCCUUUUUCUGUUGCUACAUUUUUUUUAUGCCAAAUAACUUACAUUAAGGUCUGCAUCUAAUGCAUAUGUCUUGAUAAAGAAUGAUAAUAUUUAAAAACUGUAAAUGACUGACCCUUAUUGUAAUUCUGUAACAUUAUUGUGGCCUGUUAUCUCUGUGAACUCGUACUGCGCUGUUAGUUGAAAUACCUGUAUAUUUUUUAAAUAUAAUUUCAGUGUGGUGUAAACGUGUCUUUUUGCUGAUAAUACCAAAUUAAUCUGGAUACUUUAUACAACUACACGAUUAACUGUAAAUAGAAGGGAUAAAAGUCCUUUUUCAUUUCUUCACAAUGAAAAAAGCAGGGAUUGUAAGUAACUGAAUUCUAAUGUAUGAGUGUUUUUUUUCCAAGCCAUCACUGUUGAAAGUCUGUGCAAUGAUAUUAGUUGCAAAAAUGAAUAAAUCUGAUCUCAUAACA